GGAGGCCCCCCCCGAAUAUCUUCAAUUUCGUUUUCAGGAUCCAUCAUCCGAACACCUGCAUGUUCUCUUAAAGAACGUAUUUCAAUUCAAUACAAAACUUGCAUUUAAUGCUCCUUUGAUGCUUCCAUCAUUACAAAUACUUGGAAAAAGAAAAGAAACUUAACAUUGCAGUAGCAUCCCCAAACUGCAUAUCGUUUUUUUUUUUUUUAAAUCUUCUCUGUUUCUCGUCAGAACCUAAUUAAGCUCUAAUUUCAUAAUCAUGUCUUCCCUUGCGAUAUUAUUUCUCCUUUAUUUUUCUUUGCAUGCAUGCAAUGCUCACCGUCUUGGUUUUUCUGCUGAAGAGAAUGGCAAUCAUGUCGAUUUUCUUGCCAGCAAGGAUGCCAAUAAGUUGAAAGGCCAUAAGUUAGAGAUGGGGCCUUCAAUCUCAAAGAAGCUACAAAUACCAGAAUUACAAGAAGUUAGGCCACAUGGAAGGAGAAUAAUUGGUGCAAAAACUAUGAAGCAAACAAUUUCGGACUCUUUUCUGGCGAAAGAAGCUGUUCAAAAUGCAAUUUCAGAAUAUGGAAUUAUGAGUUCCUCUCGGGUUGAUUUGCAAAGCAAGGAAACAGUCGAGGGAUGGAAGAGAGUAAGAGCAAGGUCGAUGUUGGGAAAUUCAGAUGCUGGGGCUGACGAAGCUCUCGAUUCCAAGGAAAAGGAUAAUGUGGGGGACAUUGAUGUAAUGGAUUACGCACAACCGCAUCGGAAACCACCUAUUCAUAAUGAAAAAUUAAAAAAUUAGGCUCUCUUUCUAAUUAAUCGUAUCCAAAAAUGCUAUUCUUAUCUUCUAGUUUUAUAUAAAAUCCCGAUAUAAUAGAAAUAUGGUUCGUCGUCCCCAAAGACCACAAAAGACCAGUUCCAAGGGGCUUUUAUUAUUAUUAUUAUUAUUAUUAUUUUGAAUGCUAUUUCAUGGUCUGUAAUUAAUAAGAUAAAUGUUAAAAAUUCAGACACCAUUCUCCAA